AUGGCAACACAUCUGCGUGAAGGCGAAUUCACAUCCACAAUUUACGGCUUUAUAAAGGAACAAAAGUAUACAGAGGCCGUGGCUGUGCUUACGCAGCAACUCUACGCUCAUCCCUCCUCAAGGGCUGCCCUUUCGUUGCUAGGAUACUGUUACUAUCAACUACAGGAUUUUGUCAACGCCUCUGAUUGCUACGAACAGUUGGCCCAGAGCUAUCCUUCCAAUGAUGAUUACAAAUUAUACUUCGCGCUUUCUCUCUACAAGGCCUUCCUUUUCGAGCCAGCAAUAAAGGUAUCUUAUCAGAUUGAGAAUCCGGAUUACCAUGAACGCAUAGUCAAACUACAGGCGGCUAUUCGAUAUGGAGAAGGCGACAUGGCUGGAGCGGCCAGUUUGGUUGAGCAGUGUUCAACCGAUGACCCGGACACGGCCGUCAAUACUGGCUGUCUCCUUUAUCGUGAAGCUAAGUAUGCACAGGCUUGCAAGCGAUUUCAGCAGACAAUGCAGGUCGUGGGAUUCCAGCCCACCAUAGCGUACAAUAUUGCCCUCUGUUAUUACCAAAUGAAGCAGUAUGCGCAGGCUCUGAAGUACAUUGCCGACAUCAUCGAACAUGGAAUUCAUGACCACCCAGAACUGGGCGUAGGCAUGACGACGGAGGGUCUGGAAGCUGCAAUUGAAUACAACCUCUCUAACUUCCAAGCCGCCUGCGAGGCCCUAACUGAUAUGCCGCCGCGCUCGGAGGAAGAACUGGAUCAUAUAUCAUUGCAUAAUCAGGCGCUCAUGAAUAUGGAGACAAAUCCUGCCGGCGGCUUUCAUAAACUCCAGUUUCUUCUUCAACAGGAGACUUUUCCACGAGAAACCUUUGCCAAUCUCCUUCUCCUAUACAUUAAAUACGAAUAUUUUGACCUCGCUGCGGACGUUCUGGCCGAAAACGCCGCUCUCGCCUACGAAUACCUUACACCCGAUCUGUAUGACUUCAUUGAGGCAGUUAUAAUGCGUCAGACAGCCCCACAGGAUGCAUACAGUCGACUUGAUCAAAUGGCGGCGAAGAGCACAGAGCAGCUACGAUGCUUAACAAAACGUGUUCAGGAGGCUCGACAGGCACAUGACGAUGAAGCAGUUAAAGUGGCGGUUUGCGAGUAUGAUGCGGCUCUCGAAAAGUACAUUCCGGUCCUAAUGCAACAGGCCAAAAUCUACUGGGACAUGCAGAAUUACCAGCAGGUGGAACGCAUAUUCCGAAAAUCGGUGGAGUUCUGCAACGAUCAUGAAAAGUGGAAGCUGAACGUUGCUCAUGUCCUCUUUAUGCAAGAGAACAAGUAUAAAGAAGCUAGUGAAUUCUACGAACCAAUUGUGAAAAAGCAUUUUGACAAUCUUCUUGGCAUAAGCGCUGUAAUAAUGGCAAAUCUUUGUGUGACCUACAUCAUGACUAGUGAGAAUGAAGACGCCGAAGAGCUCAUGCGAAAGAUUGAGAAAGAAGAAGAGGCCGUUGCCUACGAGGACCCUGAUCGCAAAAUAUUCCAUCUAUGCAUUGUCAACCUGGUCAUUGGCACACUGUACUGUGCUCGAGGCAACUACGAUUUCGGCAUCAGCCGAGUUAUCAAGAGUCUCGAACCAUAUCACAAGAAACUUGGCACCGACACCUGGUACUAUGCCAAACGGUGCUUCUUGUCACUGAUCGAAAACAUGGCCAAGCACAUGAUUAUGAUACGAGACGCCGUUCUAACUGAUUGCAUACAAUUUCUCGAACACUGUGAACUUUAUGGAAGAAACGUGAAGGUAUUUGCGGAACAGCCGUUGGAGGGUACGAAGAUGCACCCAGGGCAGAACACUGUCACCUACGAGGCCCGCCUUCUCAAGUCCCUUUUACUCGAGAUAAUGCAGAAUUGA